UUUUUUUACUUAUUUAGUUGAGAAUACUAGUAGUUUAUGUCUCUUAAAUAUACCACGUCUCAAAUAGAGUCCCAAAUCAAUAGAUUUCUACUCUCAUUCUAACUCAAGAAUCUUGGUGGAAGUGUUAGAAUUGCAGUAGAAAACGAAUUCCUUCCAACACAGUAUAUACACCAGAAAACAACAAUUGCUUGCUUUCAACUGCACUUCAUUAUAAGCAACACCAGAAAGAAAAUAAAUGGACGAGUCAAACAAGUCUUUUGGGGAAAUAGAAGAGAUUUUGGACGAUGUCGAUCAAAGGUUUAAGCAGAUCAAGAAAUUUGGCAUGUUUUACAGUCCACCGUAUGAUCACCACUUCUUGAGGUAUAACAGAAAUUCCAAAAACAUGGUAUCGGGAACUGACUUUUACCAAAGAAUUGAAAAAGAAUGGCUUUUAUUGGGAAACAAUCUUCCUAGUUCCAUUCUUGUCCAGUCUUAUGAAAAGAGGAUUGAUCUUAUGAGGGCAGUCAUAGUUGGUCCUACCGACACGCCUUACGCCCAUGGUCUCUUCUUCUUCGAUAUACUUUUUCCAAGUAACUACCCAGAUUGUCCUCCAAGGCUUCAUUACCUUUCUUAUGAUGUUGACUCGAACCAAUAUUUGGACCCCAAGGGCAAGGUUUCCCUUAGCCUCCUGGAAUGUGGAAGCCCGCUGACUAACUGGUAUUGCAAUGCUCAAGAAAAGUGGAAUCCAUGGAAGUCUAACAUACUGCAAGUGCUCACAGCUAUUCAAACAUCAAUAUUGAGUACCAACCUUUUAAAUCCUAAUGGUGGAGAAGAUUUGCAAGUUUUCCGCAACUCAAAAUGGCUCAAAUACAAGAAAGCCCUCACCUUGACAUGCAAGGGCAUGCUUUAUAUGCUGAGGGAUCCCCCCAUAAACUUCCAUGAUUUUGUAAAGGGAUACUUCAGGACAACGGCUCACUAUAUUCUCCUGAACUACAGGAAACAAAUGGAUGACAGUGACGUCAUGUUUCAACUUUAUCAUGAACUCUACAGGGCUUUCGAACGGAAUGGAACUUAUUGCAAGCACCAUCCUUUGGUAGUGCCAACAGGAGUAGAUCUUCAAGCAGAGGAGAAGACCAACAACAAAGGGUUUUUUAAGGACGUUACAACUAUAUUGAGUAACUUUGUAAGCUGAAAAAACCUGGGCCUUAGGAAAAACAUAGUAGUUAAUAUGGUAUGUGGAUGAGUAGAAUCUAAUUUACAAAAUCAUUCUUUUAUUUUUCAAUGCUAGUGAAAUUUACCUUAUCGGAUCAUCAUGUUUACCCAACCAUUUAUUGUUUGCUCUUCCAAAUGCAGAGCAGUAAGCAUACUGCACAUUUUUCUGAUGGUAAUGAUCACCUUUCACUUAAUACAAUUUCAUACAGCGGAUAGAAAUUCGUUGUCCUAACAGUGUCUUCACCUCACUUAAUGUCCAUUAGGAAAAAAGGAUCAAAUACAUGUUCAGCAUAUAGGUCCAAAGGGAGCAAAGAGGAAUUAAGUUGAAUGAAAGAGCAAUUAUUUUCUCCUUUGGCACUUCAAGUAGUAUGCAGUAUAUCUGUUUCCUUACAUCAUAUUCAGAUCAAAUUGAAACAACCCAACCUGUGUCCAUGAGUGUUGCUUAAAUAGACAACAGACCAGGUACUCACACAAAGUAAAGACAUAACUCUGUAAUAAUUCAAUUUAAUAUAGCAUAUUUAACUUUUUAAAGUUAUUCGCCUAAAAGGUCUUCCGGAAACAGCCUCUCUAGCUCAUCGAGGUAGAGGUAAGGUUUGCGUACACCUUACCCUCCCCAGACCUCACUUAUUGGAUAUUAGUGGGUAUGUUGUUGUUCUUCUAAAGUUAUAAUAUUGAUCCUUUUUACUCUUGUCCUUGGAUUCAUUGCUUCCACAGCGUAAUGAGCUGUAAGGUAAUCCAGUAAUCAGUUCAUGAGACUGAGUACACCUAAUAGUUAACAGUUAGAAGUACUAAGGGUAGUCUUAUGCUUUAUAGUAAAAACCAGAUGCUUAUAAGAAUACAACCACCCAACUGUCCUUUUCAUAAUUUAGGCAGAGAUGCAAUGUGUAAUUACAAAAAAGGAUAGUCAAAGAUACCGAAGCAUACAUUGUGAGGUUUACCUCAUUAUGCCUUUCUGGAUCUUACAAGUUUACAAAACUGUUUAACACCAAAAUUAACCAUUUUCCCCAUAAAGCAAAUUCAUGUAUUUGAAGUUGACUUCCACAGACACUCCAUGGCAUAUUUAACGGGAUUGUUUAC